AUGAGUUUUCGUCGUUUUCGUCGUCGUCGUCGUCGCUGCAAAGGUGGCGCCGACGGGGCCCGCCCACUCUUUCCCGAGAGAGGGCUGCCUCUCCGAAUCAGCAUUAUUACUGGCGAAAAACCCUGUCGCUGCGACGACGCCACCCCCUGGCAAAAGGGCGAGGUAAUUGCAGCACUCGGCGAGCGACGUCGCGAACUUUGGCACUAG